CUCAGAUACUGCGUAGUGAGUUCUCUCGCACUUGCGCUUUUCCAUUUCCUGAUUUGUCGCCGUCCAGUCUUGCUUUCUUUUUUUCAACUUUCGUUCUUUCGCCGCUUUCAUUUUCAAACCACAUCCACUUCUUUCUUCUUCCGAGCAGCAUGUACACCAAGUCGAUCUUCGUUUCUGCUCUGCUGGCCGCUUCGGCCGUUCCCACGUUUGCUGCACCCGUCCCGGCUGCUGUUGCCCCUGAACUGGAGCUCCGCGAUCUCGAGGCGCGGCUGUCGCUGCCCUCUGGGGCCUUGUCGGACAUUCUCAAGUCGUUCGGCAAAGGCGUCCUCAGCGGUGGUGCCAUCACCGGUCUCAUCGGCCUUCUGGAGGGAGCUGGCAGCUCCAGCUCCAGCAGCAGCACUCCGGCCACUCGUGAGCUGGAGGCACGGGCAGGUCUGGCCGGCCUGCUCGAGAAGUUGCUCGGUGCCGGCGAAGAGGGUAUCGCGAGUGUCCUCAAGAAGGCUGUCAUCGGCGGCGUUGCUGGCGGCGUCGGCGUCGAGGCGGUCAACGGCAUCGCCGGCGCCGCGGGGGCGAACACCACAAGCAAGCGCGGCGCUGCGUCGGUCAUCGGUACCGUCGAGAAAGACACGCUGGGCAAGAUCAUCGGCUCCGGGGCUGCUGACGGAAUCGGGUCCGCCAUCGGGGGUCUUGGCAUCACCGCGAUCCUGGCUAAGCUCUUCGGCAGCUCUUCCUCGUCGACACCCGCGUCCUCGAAACGGGCGCUUGCUGACCUGUCCGACGAGGAAGUCAACACCCUUCUGGAAUACAUCAACGACCUCAACGGCGGCGGGGACGUCACCGCCCGCGCGGUCAGUGUUGGAUCCUCCGUCGGCAAGGGCGUCGCGGGUCUCCUCGCCGGAUUGGCUGCCACCCAAGGCACGGAGGGCAUCAUCGCCGAGAUCGAGAAGCUCUUCCCGCGUCAGGGCAGCCUCGACGAGCUGGACUAGAUCCUGGGUGGAAGAGGAAGUCACUAUAUUUAUGAGUCACUGUGUUGGAUGUCGAAUGCGCAUUGGUUCGAGUUGAGCUUG